AUGGCUGGCCGUUUUCGGAGACUCCAAUAUCUUCUUAUCACCAAGCUUUACACUCCAUUCAACCCAGAAGCUAUUUUGGAGAAAUUCAAUACGAUGCCUUUUGACGAAUCAAGGAGAUCAGCUAUGUACAUAAAUAAAUCAACAAUGAUCGACUUCAUUCCUGCCGAUUGUAAGCAGCCAGACUGGUCAAAAGGAGUUGAUAUCGAAAGAGAAACAGAUUCCAUGUUGGCUACAAUUGUUUUGGAAAGAGAUCAAUUUCAUUUCUGUGUUUGGAAAGAUCGUUUUCCAAAACAGAUCCCCACAACACCUGAUUACAACGGAAUUCCAAAAUGCUUACACAAAGGAACCGGAAACAAGAACAAGAUCACCAUCACCAACGAUCACAAUCGUUUGAGUCCGGAAGAUAUCGAGCGUAUGAUCAACGACGCCGAUAAGUUUGCCGCUGACGAUCAAGCAAUCAAGGAGAAAGUUGAAUCUAGAAGCGAACUGGAGUCAUACGCCUACCAGAUGAAAUCUCAAAUUGGAGACAAUGAGAAGCUCGGAGGAAAGCUUUCGGAUGAAGACAAGGUCUCCAUUGAAUCUGCUGUUGAAAGAGCUAUCGAAUGGCUCGGAAACAACCAGGACGCCUCCACCGAGGAGAAUAAGGAACAAAAGAAGGAGCUCGAAUCGGUUGUCCAGCCAAUCAUCUCCAAGCUUUACUCGGCUGGAGGUGAAGGAGGAGAACAAGCUGCUGAAGAGCCAGCGGAGGAUCACGAUGAGUUAUAA